UACGAUUGAAGCUUACACAGGUGAAAUUUGAUACGACUUGUUGGUUUCAGUAUUGACGCAUGACUUUACAGAGUACACCGACGUAAAACACAUAUUAUAACACGAUGUCUUUUGAUAGAUCGUGCUAUAUUUAUGAAAGCAGUGUUUGGUUAAGGACGGAUCAAAUAUGAUCAGGACUCCGGCAUUAAGGACUUGAAGUCAUUACGUUAAAAAGGAAAAUGAGAAGAUGUGUUAUUGAGAUUUACUUACGUACAGAAUGAAAAUCGUGUCGGAAUGGGUUAUCAUCUGGUUGUGCUGUUAAAUGAAUUAUUGUGACAUGGAAUAUUUUAUCUUGUGGCAUUAAAUCAAAAUGGAACCAAAAAGUCGACCACGUUUGGAUGGAGUUUUUCCUGAAAUGAACACAGACAAAGACGAGGAUGCACCUUUAUCGCCAGUAAGAAAACAAAUUCAACGCUUCGAGAAAAAUGCAGGAAAGGGCCCAGCUCCCCUUCCCCAAGGAGGAUUCCACCUCCCCAAAAUCGGAAACUACAAACCCAAAUCUUUAAUGACCUCUGAGCCGUGUGUGCCAAAACAAAAUGAUAACUCAAGACUUUCGACAGAGUUCAGCUUUGAGCCGAUUGAGUUUGUUCUACACGAGAAAAAUGAUCCUCCACCACAGCCAAAAAGUUUUAUUCUCAUGGGAGACAAUCAGCAAUUAAUGACAAUUCAUACUGGCGAAAGUGAAGGUCACAAUGGAGAGGAUUCUGGGAUAGCGACGCCAGAUAAACCUGCUUUUACAGAAAACCCUCUUUUCGACAAAGACCAUCCAGAAUCACCGUUGUUGGAAAAAUAUAAAGACGAUGAAAGUGGCAUCUACCAUCAGCUUCUUGAUAAUGCAGGUUUUGUAGAUAACCCACCGAUAGAUGAUAUACCACAGUUCAAUGAUGUCGAAGAGAUAGACGAUGUUCCACCAGCAGAUUACCCUUUAGACGAGGAGGAAGACAGACCAAAACCUCCGCCGAGAAAAAAGAAAGGCAAAAACCAACAAAAUGUGGAGAAUGAACCAUACAUUCCUGCACCAGAUUACGAUGAAAGAUCAACAAGAAAAUUCAAUGGUGGUCCCACUGAUGCUCCGAGGCAUGAACCGAUAUUUGAGGAAUUCGGAGGGGAGGACUUUUCAAAAUACUUGAGUGACGAAGAGGAUUAUGAAUUUGACACAUCACUCACAUGGCGUAAAGAAAAGAAUCAUAAACGUUACAAGGGGAAAAAUAACGGUCGGGGCAUGGGACAGCGUUCAAAAUCCGGAACUUUACCACAAAUAAGGAAGCCACAAGAUGGUCCUAAACCACCUCAGGACGUCCGACCCAUCGGCAAAAAAUCACAACGUCCGCUUGAUAAAGUGCAUGAGAAUAUGAAACGGAACACGAUAAGACAAUUCACUUUUGAUGAUUCCAAAAUGGGAAAUGGGACGGUUCGCAGUACCGCAAGUACUUCCGCCAAAGGUCGGUAUAUGAAACGAAAUAAAGAACGUGGCAGAAUCGUGGAAGCAAAUGAAGAAGGGUCAUACGAAGAUUUCUUGCGCAAUCGUCACAAUGAAAAUGGAAGCAACAGUAGCAACGACAGUGGUAUUGGUCCGGGGGGGGACAUAGAUUAUCACAAUCAUGUUUUCAUGAACAGUCAGCCAAAAAUAAAGGACGGAAAGUCUUCAUUGUGGAAGAAACUUACAUGGAAGUUCAAGAGAAAUACAUCGGGAUACCAGAUGUCAUAGAAACAAGAAAUUCAGGUGAUCAUGUGCAACAAAGAUUCGUUAUAAUGUACUGAUAGGCCGUGUGUUCAGAACGUUUUGGAAAAUCGUGUGAUUAAAUAUCAUUGUUGAUCAUGAAUUACCAAAAGUGGAAACAGGCAAUACUUUUCUAAAUCAAUGACAAUUUCCUUGACAAAUCAAACGUAAAUAUAUUCCUGGUUUAGAUCGUGAUUUCCCAGGUUAUGUGCUAUAUAUAUACUACUGAUAUGUUUGCAAGGAUAUUUGCCUUGGAAUUUUAUAUAUAAAACCUGUGGAUUAUUACUUAAGUUAACCUAUGUCUAUACACAAACUCUUUAUGGAUUAAAGUGUGUAGCUGGGAUGUAUAAUAUCCAGGGCAUAUUAAUGUGAUGUUGAACAUAUUCAGUGUUAAUCUGCCAUGUUUCCCAUGUACUAAUGUAUAUAUACAUGAUAUUUUGUAUAAUAUACAAUGAACACCUGUUAAUUUGAAAACUUUCACUUCCCUUUCCAGUUAAAAAUGGCUGGAUAGUGAAAUGGUCAUACGUGUAUUAUUCUUGCAAUUUUGUAUAGAAAUUAAUCUUUGAACUUAUAAACACCUGCUAAGAUGGGGCGCGAGUGCUGCUGUCUGGAUUUUAAUAGGGUCAUCCUUAAAACAAUUCUUUUUUGCAGUUUCCUGACCAGCUUUUUUUUGGGGGGAACUUUUUGUUAACAUUUUUUUCUUGCCGGUAAAUUAGUGAAAGUUUUUAUAUUAAAAUAUGAGAUUUCUAAAACCAAAAAAAAGCUCACUCUAUACCAUCCUACCUACUGAAAAAAUUGGAAGUAGGGAAACUGCAAACAAACAUUUCUUUACGGAUGGCUAGGCUAGUAGGGCUCAAAAGAAUUUAGGAUUCGUCAUACUGAGGACUGUAUAUUAAACCGUUAAAGACGUUUUGAUAAAAUUAGAAUUAUAUUUGCUUCAACUUUGAAAGAGGUGCACUGUAUUUUAGGUCAACAUGACCUUCACCUCCAGGUCAAAGGUAAAAGACUUACCAAGUAAAUGUCCAAGUAGACUGAUAAGGGGAGAUGUAUGUUUUUUUUCACAAAAAUUUAAACAAUCUCUGGGUUAUUAUGUGAAAUAAGUAAUCUUUUAAUUAUCCUUCAUUAAUUACCUUGAUUAUAAGGAUAGUCCAGGAUUGAAUCUCACUUUAUCUGAAGGUCAAUGAUGAUUUCGCAAUUGCCUUGACAUUUCCAUAAGAAGUACUUAAAUAUGGUUUAAUUAACCCAUUCACCCCUAAAAUCACAUUGAACCUUACUAAAUCAAGGACUGGGCAAGUCCAGUUGAAAUAUGUAGGGGUGAAUGACCUAAAUUAGCUCAAACAAACUUUUUGUAAAAUAAACAUAUUUCAAAUUCAGAAAAACAUUAUUUUACAUGCAGUUGUGUUUGAAUCAAUUGGGGGCCCUCCCCUCAAAAAACUUUGCAUCAGUGAAUAUGAGCAAUUAGCUAUAGUAGCUUUGCUCAUGUCUGGCAAAAUUAUUUUUUUCUGAGGGAGAGUGGCCGGAGACUUUAUUCAAGUAGAUAUGAUACCAACAUAUAAUGUCCAAUUAGAAAUUGCUAUAUUUUUUUUUGAAUUAGAAAGAAACCCAAGUAUAAAAAUCAAAACUGAGCAAUGCAAUAUCCAUAAAUACUAUUGUUCUUUUCAUUUCAUGGUAUGGUAUAUUUGAUGAGACAAUGCAAUUGCUAUAUCCAUUUUCCAUGUGAAAUUGACAAAUAUGAUUGUAAUUGAUCAUAUGCAUUGUUAUUUGUGGUCAAGGUUUUGUUUAAAACUACUUGUCAAAAAAAAUAACUGUCACAAUAUCACAAGUCCUGCAAUUGUCAAAUUUCGUAAUAUAUUUCGGUGAUCAAUUGCGGGGGUUAAAUGACAUGUUCACUGUAAUGUUUGUCACUUGUGAUACGAGAAACAUAUUUCAAUGUAAUGUUAAUACUGGUGUCAUAUUUUAUUUUGUUACCAACGCAGAAAUUCAUUCUGUUUAAAUAUGUUUGCUUUUGUAAUGAAGGACAUUGAUAUCUUAGAACAAGCAUGCUGUGGUUCCCCGGCAGUAGCUUACAAAAUAUGCAUGUCAUACUUUCUGGACUCAUGGGGUUUGAUUUAAACAUUCUGAAAGAUAAAAGUUUGUUUUUUUUACCUGAACUUAUUCACCCCUCAAAUUUCUUAAUGAACUAGUCCAACAUUUGAAUAUGGAAGAGUUCAAAUGUGUCUUCUAGGGUGAAUGAGUUAAGAUUCCUCCAAUUUUGACGUCCUGUGUUUAUUCUUCUCCUUCACUUCCUAAAUGAGCAAUUGUUAUUGUUGAUAUAAUUCAUGUGCAAUAUACAUUAAUUGUAUACAAGAAAUCCAGAUUACAUUAAUACAAUGAUUUGUACAUAACUUUAUUAUAUAUACAAUGUACAUGUAUUCGUCCAAUUAUACAAUGUAUUAUUGUAUGCAAAUCAUGUGAUAAUUUUGUUCUAGAUUAUAAAAAAAUGCCAUAUUCAUAAGUUUAUUUGCACCUAUUAAAAGCACCAUUUUCCAAGGGACCCUUAUUAUUCUAGAUCAAAAUCUGUUUUCAUAUAAAUCAGUAUUUCAUUUAUUAGAAAAAAGUUGCUUAUUUAGAUUUGUUUUCCUGAAUGAGAAAUCUUUCUAAAAGUUUGCACCUAAUUUAAAGAAAUUAGAUAAGUUCACUAGCUCGUUGCAUUUCUUAUAAAAAUGUCUUAUUGGAGAUUAAAUAUUAUUUAAAUAUUACAUUUUUGAAACUUCAUAUAAUAUUCUGAUGUAAAUUUUUCCAAGAUAUUUUUAUAUACACUGUAUCUGGGCCGGGACUGGUCAUUUACAUGUAAACUGCUCAAGAAAAUACUGUAAAUUUACAGUAGAAAAUUCUCAACUUGAAUUAGUUUUGUCCUGUAAAUGCAGACAAAGGUAUUUUCAGUUUUGUGUUAAAGGGUGUCUCUUAAUUUUUCGCACUGUUUAUCAAAUAUUGAUGGUGUUAGCAUUUUAAUGGUAUGUUGUUUACUGUAAAAUAGAACCUGUCCAAUCCGACAUCUGCAUAAUAAGAAUAAUGGUAAAUAGUUUAUUGGAUUGAAUACAUAAACAGUAACGGGUCCAGAGACCUUUCUAGAAUAUAUAAAAUACAUUCAAAGUUUUGACAGAUUUUACGUCAAAAAGAAAAAUUGUUUAACUCAUUCACCCCAGAAAUUUCAUGAUGAACUAUUCCAACAUUUCAAUUGGAAGAGUUCAAAUGUGUCUUCCGAGAUGAAUGAGUCAAACACUACAGAUGAUUUGAACUGUUGUCAUAUUCAGGUGACACUUUGAACAGGUUUUACAUAAGUACUGCAAGUACCAGGGUUAGAAAUCUGGUACAAUCUCUUUCAGUCAGGAACUUUGAUUUCUUUGUGAUAUUUAUAUAUCUUUGUUUAUCAAAACUUGCAUAACACAUGACCGUUUGUUUACAACCCAGAGUAAAAUUUCAAAAGAAUAACUUUAUUCCAUGAAUUCAAACAUUAUUGAACUCAUGUAAAAGACAAACAAAUCUAAGAACAAUGGAUUCAUUAAACUUUGUUAAAACUAUUAAGUUUCUUUUAAAAUAUUACAUAAUGAAAUGGAAUUCAGUUUUUGUAGUUUAACAUGUACAAUCCAAAUAGGUCAAAAUUUGUAAACAAUCUUAUUUAUACUAAGUUUUUUAAAAAGGGAGUUUCGUAGAAAUAUUUCAAACUUGACUUUCAUGUUAUGGUGUGAAUGUCUUGCAUAAUAUCUCCAUUGUGCUAAAAGGAAGUAUUGUUGAUAUAUAGGUACUUGUGUACCAUGCACUGUGUCCUAUGGGAUGUACAUUUGUAGAUGUACAGGGCUAAAUCUUGUAUCAUCAGGAUAUACAUGUGUGUGUGUGUGGAUUGAAUGAUGUAACCCCAUUGAUAGUUAUAAAUGAUAUGAUUAAUUAUGUAACUAAUGUAAGUAAAGUUAAAAUUAUUAUUUUCAUACAAUUAAAACACUUAAUUAAGUUAAAA